AUGCGUGAAUUGACAGAAGAAGAGGCCAAGGUGCUUUUCUCCAAGCUUGCCAACUACACUGGUCGGUCCUUGAACAAUUUGAUUGCGCCUCCAGAGGGUGAUCAGACGGAGCGCCAUGUGUUCCGUCUCCAGGGCUCUCGUGUGUUCUAUCUCCCUCUCCGACUGGCAAACUAUGCCACGAGCAUUCCCCGCGCCAACCUUUUGUCGGCGGGUACCAUCAUUGGAAAAUUCACCAAGACGAUGAAGUUCAGACUCCACAUCACCGCCCUCUCCGUCAUCGCCCCUCACAGUCGGUAUAAGGUCUGGAUCAAGGCAAAUGGAGAGAUGCCGUUCUUGUAUGGUGGAAACGUUCUGAAAGCGCAUGCCGCUCGCUGGAGUGAGGACUGCCCUGAGCACAGUGGAGUUAUCGUCUACAGCAUGAACGAUGAGCCGCUCGGCUUCGGCGUCACUGCGCGCUCUACCGCCGAGGCCAAGAAGCUCGAACCGACCGGUAUUGUGGUCUUCCGCCAGGCAGAUGCUGGCGAGUACCUAAGAGAGGAGGAUUCUCUCUUCACUGCUUAA